GAAGUAGAUCAUCUUUAACGUCCGUCACACUAAAAUCCUUCGUCCCCGACCAUACUGCGAAGAAAUAAGGAAUCUGACUCGGAUUUCCUAGCCGUGAGACGGGAUUUCCCCGCAUUUCAGUCAACGUUACAUCCCCCCAGGCGCAGAACGCCGAGUUGGGAACGUACACAGAUUUAGACGAGAGACCCCGUGGCGUGCAAGGCUCAGUUUUGGGGACGUGCUUGGCGGGGAGAGCGCGGACCGUGGCUUUCGGAAAGAAAUAGCCCCACCUGCUGGCAGGCUGCAGGGAGCAGCCAAGGGGCUAGCCGUCAGCAUUUGGGUUCACUUGUUCUGGUGGGUGUGCAGGAAGAGCCGAACCAGCCAUUUCGGCCAAUCAGUACUCUGAUUAACAACGUCUGAGGAGCAAAGGCCUCCUGAAGCCAGCUUUUAGAGGCAAGUUCAACGUGUGUGAGAGGAAACGCUGGGACACUACGGAAAGACAGACCCCGAGCAAACGCUCUUACCCCCUCCUCCCAUCCAAAGCCACUUUAUGUUAACUAAUUAUUCUGUGCGGCUGAAAGAGAGAAAGGGCGGUCAGUGCCCCCUGCGCUGAGCCCCGAGAACCAGCUCCAGUUACGCCUCGGGGUACGAGGCCCGUGCUUGAAGCCUGCGCGCUUCAAUAGGCGUCUAAUAAAUGCCGUCGACACGCCAGGCUCCAGGCAUACAAAGACUUUAAGAAAUAAUGUUAAGUGCAUCCUGGAGCACAUCAAAAUUUGCAUUGAUUUGUAAUCUCAUUCGGUCUACGCCAUGACGUAUAUGUGUAGUGCGAUCACCCACGACGGCGUCCCCCUAGUCUUGCUCCGGAACUACAGUUCCCAGUAAGCCUGGGGCCCAUCAGGUAGGGGUGGGAGCUGUCUCGUCGACGAAUCACUAGGAGGCCGGACACUAAAAAGGGAAUUAUUCGCUGUAGAGGCCCUAUUGUGAGGCAAGAAAAAGGCCGGCAGCCGAGCCAAUCCUCGAGCUCAGAGCCUGCGGCGGAGGCGGGAAAAGAAGGCCGCGGAUGUAUUUAGAAUGAAGUUCGGCCAAUCUUUGUUCGCAAAGCCUGUGAUGACAAAGGAGAGUUGAGGCAGCGGGGAACGUUAUCCAACGGGAGCAGACCGCGACCAAUGAGGAGCCGAGGAGAGGACGGGAGGGCGGGGCCGGCGUUGACUAGCAGCUCCAUCGGCCUGUAGAUUUGUUUGUUCCGGGGCGGGCGCGAUGGCCGCGUUGGAUCCCGUGGUGGUGGACCUCAUCAGCGACAGCGGCAGCGACGGAGAGGCCGGCGCGAGCGGUGCCAGGGGCGGCCAGGGUCCGGCCUCUUCCAGGGGUGGAAGACGCGGCCGAGGCCGCUGCCGAGUCCUCGACAGCGAUAGCGACAGCGACAGUGAGGCAGAAGGGGCCGGGGCGGCGGAACGGCUGCGGCUGCGGCCCCCCGCCCCGCGGCGGCGGCGCCUUCUUCUGGGGGCAGGGGAGGCCCCCGCGGUCCCCGUGUAUUCGGGCAAGGUGAAGAGCAGCCUCCGCUUCUUCCCCAAGGAUCUUAGGCAGCCAGUGUUCUCCGGAAGCCCUAGCGGGGAAGCUCUGGAUUUGGAUUCUGAUAAACCCCUUUCUGAGACCAUCCCUUUGCCAGUUUCUUCUACAGAAAAGAAUCAAAAAACUAAUGAUGAAGAGGAAAACCAUUUUUUGGUGCGGGACAGUUCUUCUUCCCCUUCUCCCCCUCCCCGGUACCGAGGACGAUCCAGGAAACCCCCAAGAGCCCUUGGGAAGAUAAGGGAGGUGAAUAAGCGCUUGCAGGGUCUCCGAUCUUACCUAAGCCCCCUGUCAUCUAAAGACCAUGUUUCUGAAAAUUCUGAAGAUGAAGUGAUCUUGGUGGAGGAGACCAAUGUCAGGGAGAGCCCCCGACACUUAACUCUUAAAGUGAGGUGCCGAGCUGACCUUGUCAAAUUGCCUCUCAGUACGGAUGAGCCCUUGCAGGUUGUUGUGGAUCACAUGGCGUCCCGAUUAGGAGUAUCCUCUGCCCGAAUUCUUUUGCUGUUCCGAGAAGUAGAACUCUCCCCUAGUGCCACCCUCAGCUCUCUAAAGAUUGGAGUAGCUGACAUCAUUGAUUGUGUAGUCCUGUCCAGUACUCCUGAGCCUUUGAAAGAGUCAGAAUCAGGAGAGGAACUUCGGCUCAGGGUUCAGGGGCAAGAGAAACACCAGGUCCUGGAGAUCACUGUACCCCGGGGUGCUCCUCUUAGAACACUGAUGUCUCACUAUGCAGAGGCCAUGGGACUCAAAGGACAUAAGCUCUCUUUCUUUUUUGAUGGUGAGAAGCUUUCGGGCCAAGGGACCCCAGCAGAAUUAGGCAUGGAACAAGAAGACCUCAUUGAAGUUCGGAGUUGAAGUGCAGUGUUCCGCCUUCUCCCUCCUUCCCUGCCUUCAGAGUGAGAUAUGAAGCUGGGACUCUUCAAAAAUCAAAGGAGAAUGUCUGCUCUUCUAGUCUUCCUUUUCCAUCUUCUCUCCUGUCUUCCAGUUGCCCUAAAGCUAGAUCUGAGAAAGACCUCCCCUUUCCUCCUCCAUUUCUCUUGUCAUUUGCCCCUUACUCUUCUUUCACGGAUGAACCAGGUGUGGAGCUGCUAUUCUAGUAUUUGUUCUUGUCAGUUUCUAUGAGUGCAUCUUAGUUGCCUUCUGCUAACCGAAGGAUUAUUUGAGUUCCAGCUACCCCUGUAUAUAUGUGUUCAUGUGUCCUUUGACCUCUUUCUCCUUGCACUGAUUAUUUUGGAUCUUGGGGUAUGAAGAUACAUUGAAGACCUCUUGUUUCCAAAUUUUAAUUUGUGAACCCAGUCAUUUUUGUAACUGGAUUUAAAAUAAAAUGUAAUUUG